AUGAUUGCUCCGUUGGGUGAGGUGUCGCUUAAACCGCGGAAAAAACUGGUUCUCUUGAAUCAGUAUGCCCUACCUAGGCUGAUGUAUCCCCUCCAGCAAGAUGACUAUCCCAAGUCGGUUUUGAAAAAGCUUGACCGCAUGGUACGAGCUACAGUGCGAUGCAGGCUGAAACUGCCUAACUCCAUAUUCUACGAGAGUAUGGGGGACGGUGGAUUCGGGUUGCCUGAGCUAACAAAGAGUAUAUCCGCCCAGCGAGUAAACAUGCUUCGUGGCAUCUGCCGGUACUCCGAUUCCAAGAUCAAUCGCAUGACGGAUGUCUUGCAAACCCAGGUCUUCGUUAAAAGGUUGACCAAGGAUGCCGGACUCAGCGUUCCGGAAAAGCCUGCAGGGCGAGUACGAUGGCACAGGCUUGUUCGUAAAGCCACAGAGGAUCUGAACAUCGGAAAGGCUGCAAAGUCAUUUCGAUUCAGUGAAUCUAACAGCUGGUUGAUCACGCAUGCGAAGUACUUCUGCAGUGAGGCUGACUACAUUACUGACGUUAGUCUGAGGGCAGAAACGUACUCAUGCAUAGUUACAAUGGCCAGAGCUAGAGCAUCGGGUGAUGUCAAUAGGUCACAUCUCGGGAGCAUGUCCUAA